CGCGUCGCGCCACGCACGGUGCAGUGAAUAUUCCAACCAAGCACGAUGCCAGCCCGCACAAAUCCACCAGCGGAGGCGCUGUCUGUGUCCAUUCCAAAGAUAUUCGAUCAGGCGCAGAAUACGACAGCAAAUCACCAAAAAAACAUCGUCGCCCUGCACAAGAUCCACCUCGAUGCAGCUGCCUUCACUGAAUCAGUCCACAAUGGGAAAGCAAUUAAGCUAACAGGGGAGCGGAACUUCGAGGAUGCCUUCAUCGAUAUGGUGUGCCGGGUAUUGGUGAUCAAGAAAGGCGUCUCUCAGGCAGAAAGGAUUGUCAAGUUCAUAGGAACGUACACAAAGUACUUGAAUGAAAAAGGCUGGUCACCACAACCUCCAGCUGCCGAGACCAAGAAAGAGGACGAAGCUGAUGAUGAUGACGACGACGACACCACUGCUUCACGCUUUGUAGCACGGCUCCUUAAGUUCCUGGUGAACGGCUUCGUUGCGAAAGAUAAGGUCGUCCGUUAUCGCUCCGUACGCAUUCUUGCCGAGAUGGUUGCACAUUUAGGCGAAAUCGACGAGGACGUGUACAUGAUGCUUCGUGCAGCCCUUAUUGAGCGUGUGCACGAUAAAGAAACCAACGUGCGCGUUCAAGCGGUUGUCGCACUUUCAAAGCUCUGUGGCUCUGAGGAUACUUCUGACGUCAACGACGACGAGCCCACCGCCAUCGAUGUACUUCUCGACACGCUGGCUUGCGAUCCUGCCGCGGAAGUACGAAGGGCGGCACUCCUCAAUAUACCGCUUGCCCCUCACACUCUUCCUGCUAUGCUAGCCCGAACUCGGGACACUGAUACCGUGAUGCGUAAAUUGACUUUUUCCCAAGUACUCGAAAAGAAUUGCUUGUCCGCAGACCACGCGAGUAUCGGUGCUGCCCAUCCUCGUGUUCUCCCUGCAGUAAGAGCUGCUGCUGGGUCUCUUCUGGGUACUUGGGUUGACGUUGCACGGGGUCCCACGAAAGCCGAAGACGACGAUCACGCAAUACGGAAAGAUGUCAUCGCCUUACUUAAGUUACUUGAUCUUCAUGAAAGCACGAUCGCGGAAGACGCGUUAUUGAGUAUCUUUGCCACUCGAGUCGACAUUUUUGAGCACCUCGAGUUCAAGGAGGACUAUUGGAGAGAACUUACUCCGGAACGUACUUUCCUUGCACGCAUCUUUGUGGAGCAUUGCAUUGCCACCAAGGAUGAUGCCAAACUAGAUGCUUCUCUUCCAGUCGUGACCCACCUCGCCUUCCAAAUCCAGAACGCUUACAAUGCAUACCUCGAUGACACCGACACAGCAGCGGCGCGGGAGCAUGAGGUCUCAGAAGAACAGCUUGCGCAAGAAGAAGACGCGCGGCUGGAUCAAGAGUUCAUCAUCGGUGAACUGCUCCGACUUGCUGUCAGCCUCGACUACGCAGAUGAGAUGGGAAGGAGAAAGAUGUUCAAACUCGUCCGUGAUAUGAUUUCCCAGGAUGUUCUACCGGAGUCACUUGUUUCACGCUGUCUAGACAUCCUACGCACACUCUCACCUAAUGAGCGUGACCUUAUUCGAGUCGUUGUCGAGGUUGUCCACGAACUCCGAGAUCGAGAUACUACAGAUGAAGAAGCAGAAGUAGAAAAGGAAGCUACAGAAACGGCCACUGCGUUUGGAGAAAUCCCUUCCGCGGGACCUUCUAGCACACAGGAGGGACUGCGAAAACUCCCCAAGGAAGCAAAGCCGCUGAGCCCAGAAGAACAAGUGCGAGCUGAUGCCCUCGACCUGCGGUGUUUGUCACUGUGCAUUGGGAUGCUGGAACGUGUCAAUGGCACUUUUGAAGAAAACUCUACGCUGGAAGGUAUCCUGGGUGAACUGAUCAUACCGUCGGUGAAACGCAAGGAGCUUGCAUUGCGGGAAAAGGGUCUCGUCUGUCUUGGUUUGUGCUGCCUCAUUGCACGACGUAUGGCUUUGAACUCGUUUCAGCUGUUCCUUAGCCAGAUCCAAGCAGCACCCGAAGUGCUCAAAAUUAGGGUGCUGCAGAUAGUGUUUGACAUUUUAAUGGUGCACGACGGCGAUUUUUUGGGCCGGGGCAACGCGGGGGGCGAACGCAUUGUUGAAUUUUUAUUGCACAUACUGAGUGUGGAGGACGCUGACAAGGUCCAAGCACUGAUGUGCGUUGGCCUCGCGAAGCUUGUUCUCUCCGGAAUAGUCUCAGAUGAUCGGGUUCUCAAGAGUCUCGUGGUCGCAUACCUCUCACCAGACACAGUUGACAACCAGGAACUAAGACAGUGCUUGUCCUAUUUCUUCCCCGUGUUUUGCUGCUCGUCAUCUGUGAAUCAGCGUCAAAUGAUGCAGGUGCGCAGUGACUCCUUUGCUCACGGCUUUAGCGCUAACCGCAUGACUGAGUGCAGAUCACCAUGCCCUUGUUCGAACAACUCGCUGGUGCAACACGCGAGUUGGAAGAUGACCAAGAGAUGCGAUGUACAAGGUCAAAAGAUUGACAAUAGUGUACACGUCGACUUGGCUGCCGACAUCAUGAAGGCAUUAUUUAAAGAUGGCAUGGAGAAGGAAGAUAAGAAAGUUCUCUGUCAGGUGCUGGGACGGCUCCAUCUUCCGGACACCGCGGACGACGACAAGAUCCGUACAAUAAAGCUACUAAUUCAUAACCUUGGCACGCGCCGCCCACUCAGGGACACCGCUGCCAAGAACGCACUAGCUAAGUUCGAUGCAUCCCUGUCGAAGAAGUAUGCAGACAAGCUCGCUGAUUUUAGCGAGGAAGAAUAUCGCCAGCUAGCUGCGCUCAAGGACUUGUUUGAGUUCCUGGACGAUAUCAUUCCUAUUGAUGAGGACGAGGAGAUAGAAUUCCCAAAAACAAGAGCCAGGAAGCGACGCUCUCGAAGUAUGACGACUGACACCGUAACAAGUGGUGCCGAGGAAGGCAGUCCAGCGACAUCUGCAGCGUCAUCAUCGAAGCCAAGAAGCAAGGGGAAAGGGAAACAACCGAAGAGAAGACGAGUCUCUGGAUCGGAUGAUGAUUGUGACGACCAUGCUCCCGAUAACCACGCUACGUCAGCUCCCACCCGGAUAUUGCCUAAACGCGCCGCUUCUGUCAAGAAGCCGGCAGCUCAGCCGAUCAUUAUCAGCGAUGACGAUGACGAUGAUGAAGAUGAAGAACACGAAGACAACCCCACGGAAACAACACCAGUUCCCUCAUCUCGGAAGAGAGAUCCGAACCAACGACAGACAGGGGGCAAGACUACAGAGGACCAUUCGGCUGGUAAUACCACAUUUGAUUCGAUUAUGGACAGUGGAGAUGAAGAUGAAGAGGGCGAAGUGGACGAUAUACUAGCUGAAGACUAAUUUCGAUAUCGCCUAUGUCAUUUAGACGAACUAAUGUCUCCGAGGUGUACUUAUGUAUAUCAUAUGGCGUCGUAUACAAGGCAGAGGGUCAUGACGGAUACAGAGUAUAGUGAUGGUAUUAUGAAGGCAAUAAUAGCACCG